AUGGGCGUGCUGCAUUAUUUCAAUGUCGUAGGGAGCUCGCCUCCUUCGAAGGACAGCGCUGUCCAGGUUAUUUACCAAGAUACCGAAAAGGUUUCCUCCAGGCCGUCCAAGGUUACCCCUCACCAACGCGCACUGUUGCUUCGUGGUCCAAGGGAGCCGUAUGUCGAAGUCUCGGAUCAUCCAACCCCUUCACUUGAUGGGAAUCGCGAGUUUCUGGUUCGGAAUUUGGUUAUUGGCUUGAAUCCCAUCGAUUGGAAAGCACCAGAUUUCAACUUUGGUAUUCCUGAAUUACCCUAUAUCUCAGGUCGGGAGUUGGUGGGAGAAGUCGCUAUCAGUCCGAAGCGAAGGUCGCGCUUCAAGCCUGGUGACAAGGCCAUUGUCAUCUCAACAGAUUACAGAGAUCUUCGCAAAGCCGCUUACCAAGAAUAUGUUGUCGCCACAGACUUCAACGCGGCUCGCCUUCCUCCUAGCGUCUCGCCUGAAGCCGGGUCUGCCCUGGGCGUUGCUUUCGUAGCGGCAGCUCUUUGUUUGGGAGUUUGUGCAGGGCUUGACUUUUCAACCAUUGCGGACGGACCUGAUUUGCUGUCAAUGGUGAGACAGAUUGAUCCCUCGCGUUUGCCAGAGGACGUCAGAGAUGAAUGUCUACACGGAAUAGACAAGGAAUCGCGGAUCCAGAAAGGGGACUGGCUUGCCAUCUGGGGAGGUUCGUCGACCAGCGCUUUCAUGCUCAAUCAGAUAGCCCGACUUGCUGGGCUGAGGACCAUCAGCGUUGUCGAUGUUCGGAAACAUGCUGUCAAAAUGGCGACGAACAACAUCACGAGACCAGACAUUGUCGUUGACAACCAUGAUCCUCAGCGCGCCAUUGAAAUUGUCCGAUCGGCUACGGGCAAGCGACUUCGGUUUGCCAUCGAUACCGUGGGACGGGAAACAGCGGGACAUUUGCUAGAAUGUCUACAGCAGCAUUAUGCAACUGAGGACGAGCCUGAUGUAUCAACGGCCACACCUGAAUCCGCGCAUCUUAUCGGCCUGACAGGUCUCCCGAAGAGCUCACCUCCAGCAAACGUCUCGUUCCACAACAUGCCGAUUAAAUUGUUCCAUGAGGUACCCGAGCUGGGCGAGGCCCUGAUGUUAUGGUUAGAGCGGUUACUGUCUAGAGGACUCUUGGUGCCGCCCAGCAUAUUGGGUGUUUCGGAAGGGUUUGGCGCCGUGAAUCAGGCAUUGGACAGCAUGAGACGAGGCGAGGUGAGUGGAGGCAGGGUGGUGGUCAGAAUUCCUUGA